AUGGCCGAACUCGAUACGUUGGACAUCAUCGUCCUUGCCGCCAUUCUUGUUGGGACGGUGGCCUACUUCACGAAGGGGAAAUACUGGGCGGUCACCAAGGAUCCGUAUGCCAGCUCCUUCGCUGCCGCUAAUGGCGCCAAAGCAGGGAAGACACGGAACAUUGUUGAGAAGAUGGAGGAGUCGGGCAAAAACUGCAUCAUUUUCUACGGCUCUCAAACCGGUACUGCCGAAGAUUAUGCUUCGAGACUCGCAAAGGAGGGCAAGAGCCGUUUUGGCCUCGAGACCAUGGUCGCCGACCUUGAAGACUACGACUUCGACAACCUCGACGCCAUCCCCAAUGACAAGGUUGUCGUGUUCGUGCUCGCGACCUACGGUGAGGGCGAACCUACGGAUAACGCUGUCGACUUCACCGAGUUCAUCACCGGCGAGGAUCCGUCCUUCUCUCUUGGCAACGACGUUCCUCUGGACAACCUAAACUAUGUCGCGUUUGGUCUCGGAAACAACACGUAUGAGCACUACAACUCUAUGGUCCGCAAUGUCAACAAGGCCCUUGAGAAACUCGGCGCACAUCGCAUUGGAGAGGCCGGCGAAGGCGAUGACGGCGCUGGUACCAUGGAAGAAGAUUUCCUGGCCUGGAAGGACCCCAUGUGGACAGCUCUGGCUGAGAAGCUUGGUCUGGAAGAACGCGAGGCCGUCUACGAACCCAUCUUUGGCAUCACUGACAGGGAGAACCUUACUCGUGAAGCGCCCGAAGUCUACGUCGGAGAGCCGAAUAGGAUGCAUCUCGAUGGUACCCCCAAGGGCCCCUUCAACGCUCACAACCCGUACAUUGCCCCAAUCAAGACCUCGUACGAGCUGUUCAAUGUCAAGGACCGCAACUGCCUACAUAUGGAUAUUGAUGUCAGCGGCUCUAACCUCACCUACCAGACCGGUGACCACGUCGCUGUUUGGCCCACCAACGCUGGCGAGGAAGUCGACCGCUUCUUGGAUAUUUUUGAUCUCACCGGCAAGCGCCACAAUGUCAUCAGUGUCAAGGCUCUCGAGCCGACCGCCAAGGUGCCCUUCCCGACCCCGACCACCUUCGACGCCAUCGCUCGCUACCAUAUGGAAAUUUGCUCUCCGGUCUCUCGCCAGUUCAUCGCCACCUUGGCCGCAUUCGCCCCCGACGACGAAUCCAAGGCUGAGAUGACCAAGCUCGGCAGCGACAAGGAUUACUUCCACUCCAAGGUCAACACCCACUGCCUCAACAUCUCGCGCCUCCUAGCGAACGUUAGCAAGGGCAAGAAGUGGACCAACGUUCCGUUCUCCGCUUUGAUCGAGGGUGUCACGAAACUGCAGCCCCGGUACUACUCCAUCUCGUCGUCUUCCCUGGAAAACCCCAAGUUGAUUUCCAUCACCGCUGUGGUGGAGUCCCAGAACCUUCCCGGCCGCGGGGACCCCUUCAGGGGCGUCGCGACCAACUACCUUCUUGCUCUCAAGGAGAAGCAGAAUGGGGACCCCAACCCGUCUCCGUUUGGUCUGAGCUACGAGAUUACUGGUCCUCGCAACAAGUACGACGGCGUACACGUCCCAGUCCACGUCCGUCACUCCAACUUCAAGCUCCCUUCGGAUCCCUCCAAGCCUGUCAUCAUGGUCGGCCCCGGCACUGGCGUUGCGCCUUUCCGUGGGUUCGUCCGUGAGAGGAGGAAAAUGGUUGAGGAUGGCAAGACGGUGGGGAAAACCAUUCUUUUCUUUGGCUGCCGGAAGUCGGCCGAGGACUUCUUGUAUGAGAAGGAAUGGGAGGAAGCUAAGCAAGUACUCGGCGACAAGUUCGAGCUUGUCCUCGCCUUCUCCCGCGAAGGAUCCAAGAAGGUCUAUGUCCAACACAGGCUACAAGAGCGCGCCAAGGAGAUCAACGAGCUGUUGCAGCAAAAGGCGUACUUUUAUGUCUGUGGUGACGCUGCCAACAUGGCCCGCGAGGUCAACACAGUACUAUCGCAGAUUAUCUCUGGGGAACGCGGUAUCCCAGAAGCUAAGGCUGAGGAGAUCGUUAAGCAGAUGAGGGCAGCGAACCAGUACCAGGAGGAUGUAUGGUCCUAA